UAUCCUGUUCCGGCCGUUCCUGACAACAAGUCAAAAAUGGCGGACAAUUGUCCUAGUAAAGGUGAUAUGCAGCUGGUUUUCAAACGAUUGCAGUCAGUUAAUACAAAUAAGGUGUGCUUUGAUUGUAAUGCCAAGAAUCCUACAUGGGCCAGUGUCACAUAUGGCGUUUUCAUAUGUAUUGACUGCUCUGCUGUACACAGAAGUUUAGGUGUCCACGUCACAUUUGUUCGCUCUACUCAGCUGGACACAAAUUGGACAUGGCUUCAGCUGCGACAGAUGCAGCUUGGAGGAAAUGCAAAUGCGUUAACCUUCUUCCGACAACACAAUUGCACAGUAGCUGAUUCCCAGCAGAAGUACACAUCUCGUGCUGCUCAGCUCUACAGAGAGAAACUGCGUCAAAUGGCCAUUCAAGCAAUGAGGCUUCAUGGGACUAAGCUUGACUUCGGGUCACAUCAUGAGGCUACCAUAGUUUCUCCUUCUCAGAAUACAUCAUCACUUUCUGUGCUUCACUUGGACACAGCGCCUGAACACACCGAACCGGAGGAAAAGAAGGAGGAAGAUUUCUUCGCAGCAACAUUAAAUACUGAUGGUAGUAUUAAUUGUACUGAAGAAAAUGAAGACCACCUCAAGGUGCAAGCACCAGAGCUCUCUGCAGCAGAUCCAGCAAUGAGUCUCACAAGAGGCCAACCAAAUGUUGAGGUUGCCUUGAGUAUACAACCUGAUGUAGCCCAACAAGAGCUUCGUAAGCCAACAAUAGGUGGCAGGAAACCACAAGCUAAGCGUUUGGGGCUUGGGGCUAAGAAGGGAGGUCUUGGAGCCCAGAAAGUGAAGGCCAAUUUUGCUGACAUAGAACGUGAAGCAGCAAUGGCUGACCAGUUGAAAGUUCAAGCAGCCGAGGAAGCAAAAGUCAUGGCAGAGAGAACCGCGGAAGAGGAACAGAAGCAGAUAGCUUCUAUGCGGCUAGCAUACCAAGACUUGAGCUUACAACAGAAGAAGGAGCAAGAGAAGCUGAAACAAGUGGAUCCUGUGAAAGCUCAGCAGGUUGAGAGGUUGGGAAUGGGUUUUGCCUCACGGAUAGGUGUGAGUCACUCUGCAUUAAGCGACAUGAAGACUAUUGAGCAAGAGAGCCCCAGCAAAGCGAUUAGCAGUUCUGCAAAAUCGGUGUUUGAUCGAGAUUCAGAUCGGGAUGGGUUUUUUGAUGACUUCCGUUUCUCCUCACCAUCUUCUGGCUUCAGCAUGUAUAAGAGUAGCCCCAGUGAAAACAAGAAUCUGGAGGCAAUGUUCCUUGAUGGUAACACAAGUCGAGAUAGAUGUGGCUCGAGCAAAGGUUGGGGUUCCUUUGAACCAGAAAACAGGCAGCCAUCAUCAAGCAACUAUGCAUAUGAUGAUCGGCCAGCCCCAAGGAGAGAUCCACCUUCUGUCUCUUCUUCUUCUGUUGGUAAUGAAGCACAAAAGAAGUUUGGGAGUGCCAAAGCCAUUUCAUCAGAACAGUUCUUCGGAGGCUCGUCAGACAACAGUUGGGAACGAAAAGCAAAUCUUUCAAGAUUUGAGGGAUCAUCAAGCAUUUCUUCUGCGGAAUACUUUGGCACUGGUAGCCAAAAUAGUGGUGGCAGUAGCAAUCUUACAACUACAGACCUGGAAGAUGUUAAAGAAAGUGUGCGACAGGGUGUGACCAAAGUUGCUGGCAAACUCAGCUCAAUUGCAAAUGAUGUCAUGUCCUCCAUACAAGACCGGUACGGUUAUUGAUGCAGUGCUUGCCUGAAGAUAUGCAGCGUACAGGAAAAUGAACCCCCUCAGUUCCACAGCAGACCUCUGGAGAAACUUCAUUAUGUUGGAAAGUGGACAGAAUUGUGCCUUUUUCCCCCCAUUAUUAUUUGUCAGUCAUGCUCUUUUCUCUUCUGAAUGUUCUUUGUCAUUCCUUUAUAUUUUAAGAAGACAGAAUGACAUGUUUGUCUCCAGGCUUGGCAGUAUUCUUUAAGAUGACUCAUAAUUAUGUUACUGUUAGUCAUAUACUCCUGGGAAAGAUACACUUUGUUUGCUUGUUAACCAAAAUGAGAAUUUCUUUUGCACAUAAACUUUGAGUUUUAGGUUAUUUUAUUCAGGUCAUAUUAUCAUAUUACACUUUGAUCCACUUCAUAUUGUGAAUAUUUUGUAAAUAUCAUAAUUUGUUGUUGCCUUAGUUUUUGUGAGCACAUAUAACUUUAUGUAUGUGAGGGUCAUUUGUUUCUGUUAGUUUUUGGAAAAGUUAGGGACAUUUUAAGUUGUAAUAACAAAUACACUCAUACAAUAUGUGACAAUUAGAAUGCUGUUCUUCCUAUAUUUGUUUGUUUUUGGUUUGUGACUUUGUUAUGUUUGAAUGGUUGUGUAGUUCAUGAUUGCACAAUGUGGGGAAUGUUCUCUUGUCAAUACUGCUGUUCUAGUGACUCUGUAUUAGGUGCCAUGCUAGAAUUGACAUACUAGCUGGAGGUUCAACCACCAAGUGAAUAAACUUUAUGUAAAUAGGCACCAGAACAGAUUAGUACUUCAGAUUGUGAUUUUUUUGGGAUGUGAAGUGUCGUGUCAUAAAAAGGUACCAGUGUUCUGUAAAACCCUGCUGUUUCCAUCUUCAGAACAUAGGAACAUGACAGCUGCUCUUUUUCCCAAUUUCUCUUUCUUGUAUGAUUAUUUAAUUAUUUUAUUUAUAAUUUAUUUUUAACAUGCUCUUUCUUCAGUUCCUUCCACAUACAUUUCUUUUUCUUUUCCUUGUACACAAACAGCCCAUUUAAGGGACACCAAUUUGUAUUGGUUUGCUCAUAGCCCUGAUUCCAGUCGUCCCUUUCUUAUGUCUUGCAUCAUUUGCUUUGCUUGACUCACUUUACUUCCCAGAAGAUGGACACACUAGGUUCAUCAAGAAUGGUGGUAAUCUAAAACUUAUAUGAGUAUGUUCAAAUUAAAGAAGGAAUACAAAUCCAUACACAGACUA